AUGGAGGUAGAGGAUUAUUUUAUCACGGGACAUUUAGCGAAUAAGGUCGGUGUCACGUUCAACAACGUCUCUCAACACCAUGGCAAUCAUGUAGACUUGUUGCGGAGGAAAACGCCGUUCGCUCUCAUGCAAAAGAGUGACCCCGAUCUCUUCUACGAUUUGGCUAGUGAAACGCUGCUCCGGAUGAAGUUAAUUUACGCUGUCGGUGAAAGUGGAACAGUUUUGAAUUUUGUAGUGGAGGGCAGAACGGAACAGAGCGGUUUACCAGAAANCUUUGCGACUGGUUCGUUCCAUUCAGAUUGA